UUAUCAUAACCAUCACUUUCUCAUUAAUUACCUCUUGCAAUUAAAUUAAGUGCUUAAUUACACAAUGGCUUCAGCAAAUGGUGAAGAGAAAGUUGAACUUGGCUUCAAUAUUGAUGUUAUUAAUGAGACAAAGCCAAAGAAGGAUUGGAUCCUUUUGUCUCUUAGGGUGAUUGCAUUUUUUGCCACAGCAUCUGCAACACUUGUAAUGGGACUUAACAAACAAACCAAAAGUUUGAUUGUUGGUACAAUUGGUAGCACCCCAAUAAGAGCUACUCUUUCUGCAAAGUUUAGUCAAACUCCAGCUUUUGUGUUCUUUGUGAUAGCAAAUGGAAAUGCUAGUCUCCAUAACUUGUUGAUGAUUUCAAUGGAUGUAUUAGGACCACAAUAUAAUUACAAAGGACUACGACUUGCAUUGAUUGCAAUAUUAGACAUGUUAACUAUGGCUUUAGCAUCAGCUGGAGAUGGUGCAGCAACAUUCAUGUCAGAAUUGGGGAAAAAUGGUAAUUCACAUGCAAGGUGGAAUAAAAUUUGUGACAAAUUUGAAAGCUAUUGUAACAGAGGUGGUGGUGCACUCAUUGCUUCUUUCAUUGGCUUCAUUCUUCUCUUGAUUAUCACAAUUAUGUCCAUUGCAAAGUUGCUCAAGCCAAAUCGCAUUAACCAUCAUGCUCCUUGAUAUGAUAAACAUAUGUUAUACAAAUGUUGUUUUUUCUUUGUUGACUUUCCUAUGUUUUCAGUGUUUGUGUUUGAUAUAUGUAACUAGUUGUACUUGAAUUACAAAUAAAUUACAGUAUUGCAUACAACUUUUUAUUAUUAUAUGUCCUUAAAGUUUUUGAAAGUUUUAUAAGUUGGGGAAAUGAAUUAUGGAUCCCUUCUUCUUCCAA